ACCCAAUCCUAACCCCUCCCCUAACUCUGACGGCCGAGAGAUCCUUCUCGUUUCCAGACGCUAGAAUUUAGGAGGUGUGCUUUUAUAAUGGUUGCGGCUGCGGAAUGAAACGCUCGGGUGCGCCGACUGCGCCAGCGCGGGCUGCUCUAUGUCGUCGCGCCUCGGCUUGUACCCCCUUGAGCCGGCUCUCGCCGCGGCGGCUGAGGCGCUGCUCCGUUCCCGCUCCCGGCCGCGAGCCGUCCUCCGGGGGACGCGCGCGCUGCACGCGCUGCUCGUGGUCUCCUCCCUGCCCUCCGCGCCCACGGCCACCACCUUCCUCGUCAACCAGCUGCUUGCCCUCUACUCCCGCCUCUCUGCGGUCCCCGACGCCCUCGCCCUCCUCCGAUCCACGCCGCGCCCCUCCGUCGUCUCGUACAACACCGUCCUCUCUGCUCUCUCCCGCGCCCCGAGGCACGCGCCGCACGCUUUCCGGCUCUUCCGCGGUCUGCACGCGUCCGGUCUCCGUCCUACCGCCCCCAGCCUCUGCGCCGUCCUUCGCGCCGCCGGUGCGCUGCGCUACGGUCGCACAGGCGCCGCGGUGCACUCGCAGGCCUUGACGCUCGGCUUCGUCGCCAGUGACAUUGUGCCGACCGCGCUGCUCCAGAUGUACUCCGCGUGUGGUUCGCCGUGGGACGCCAACCAGGUGUUCGACGAAAUGGCAACGCGGGAUGUGGUGGCGUGGAACUGCGUGAUGCACUGCAACGUGCGGUAUGGCUAUCUUGAUCGCGCGCUGGGGAAGUUCUGCAGGAUGGUGAGGGUUGGGCUGGCGCCCACGGAGAGCACGCUUUCCUCAGUGCUGAGUGGGUGCGGGCGCGCUGGGGACUCGCACCAUGGGCGUGCACUUCAUGGAUGGGUGGUGAAAUCAGAGAUGCUUGAUCCUGAUUUGCCGCUGCAGAAUGCUCUGCUCGACAUGUACUGCUGCUGUGGUGACAUGGACACUGCGCUCCGUGUGUUUGAGACGAUUGAGACACCUGACCUGGUCUCAUGGAAUACUAUAAUUGCUGGGUUUUCUGGCAUCGGGGAUGGAUGGAGCGCUAUGGAUGCCUUUGUGCUGCUCAAGGCUGUGCCCUUCUGUGAACUGCUUUCUCCUGAUGAGUAUACAUUUGCAGCUGUGGUGUCUGCUGUUGCUGCUUUGCCAGCAAUGUGUACUGUCAAGCCGCUUCAUGCCGAAGUGAUCAAAGCUGGGUUGGAGAGCAGCGUCUUCGUAGGUAAUACACUGAUCAAUAUGUAUUUCGCAAAUGAGGAGCCGCGCUCUGCUCAGAUUUUGUUUGAUUCCAUUACGGUGAAAGAUGUAAUCAUGUGGACCGAGAUGGUUGCUGGCCAUUCUGCCCUAGGUGAAGGAGAGUUAGCCCUGAAGUACUUUACUAGCAUGCUGGAGGAAGGGCACAAGGUCGAUAACUUCUCUUUGAGCAGUGCUUUGAAUUCCACAGCAGAUCUUGCAGGCCUGAAGCAAGGGGAAAUGCUCCAUGCUCAAGUGGUAAGAAGUGGUUACGAAGGAAAUAUUUGUGUCUCUGGAAGCCUUGUUGACAUGUAUGCGAAAAAUGGUGCUCUUGAAGGUGCCUAUUCGGUGUUCUGCACCAUACAGAAGCCAGAUUUGAAGUGCUGGAAUUCUAUGAUAGGAGGAUAUGGCAAUCAUGGGGAUUCUGAAACCGCAUUCAAAUUAUUUGGUGAAAUGAUUCGUGGUGGGCUGCAACCUGAUCAUGUAACUUACAUCUCCCUUCUUUCUGCUUGUAGCCACCGCGGACUGGUUGAGAAAGGAAAGCUUUAUUGGUUUUGUAUGAUGACUGACGGUAUUGUGCCGGGGUUCAAACACUACACUAGCAUGGUGAGUUUGUUGAGUAGGGUGGGUUUAUUGGAGGAAGCAGUUGAUUUAAUUUUGAAAUCCCCUUCUGCCAAGAAAUAUCCUGAGCUAUGGAGAAUUUUGCUAAGCUCCUGUGUGACAUUUAGAGAUUUGUCCAUCGGUGUUCAUGCUGCCGAACAGGCACUGGAGCAGGACCCAGAUGAUAUCUCAACACAUAUACUGCUUUCAAACCUUUACGCCUCUGUAGGAAAAUGGGACAAUGUGGCUGUAAUCAGGAAAAGGAUCAGAGGGCUGACGAAUGAAAAGGAGCCUGGGCUAAGCUGCAUUGAGAUUAAAAAUAUUGUCCAUGCGUUCUCUGCAGAUGACGAAUGCCACACUCAAAUAGAUGAUUGUCAUGAUGAGUUGCUGAGAAUAAAGGGAAACAUGGAAUUGUUGGAUAACUGUGAAAAUGAGUUGCUGUCAAAUGGUUAAUUUGCCAUGAACUUAUUUCAUAAAUAGUACUUGGCAUGCUUUCCUUUGUCACACCAGGAAAGCUGAUGUUUAUGAUAUGAUUUGAGCAUAAGAAACAAAAUCAAGUUACAUAUCAAGUACUCGAUCGAACAGGCCAACAAUUGCUCAGUUUGCAGGUUUGGUGACUACCUCUGACGUUAAUUGAAUAUAAAUUGAAGAUUACAGGGCAAGACAUCCCGGAACAUAUCUUGAGAAGGUUCAGUCAUAAAUGAGGAUCAUGUGAGGCUCCAGAGCAGCUUGUCCCAAUCAUGCCCUUCCUAUCAUGUAACGUGUCUGAAGCCUGAACCGAUCCUUUGUUGGUGCAAGCAUAGCAUUUUGAUUUUGAUUUAUCAAUUCAUUUCAGACAACAGCGUGAUUCUGAAGUUUAAAUUUACCUUUAUGGACAUGAAUACCAGCUGAGGCAACUGCCAACCGGUUUGGUCCACCUUUAUGGACAUGAAUACCAGCUGAGGCAACUGCCAACCGGUUUGGUCCACUCGGGUGCUUCUGCUUCUUCCUGUUGCUACAUGCCAUUGGAAGCUACUUGAGGAACCACACAUGUGACACUAAUGACUACACUCUCCUCAGUGAUUUCUUCGGGCAUACUGAAGGUGGCGGCGUGUGUUGUUGUGUUUUCAUCAUCACACUGAUGUCAUUUGUCGGCAUCUUGAGGACUUCUACGACAACAGUUGGAUGAAGGGUGGUCGGACUUGAUCUUUCUGGUUAUGGUUUUACAUGAUCAUCAAUUUAUUCGUUUUACAUGGUACUGUCUCUGUUUCUUUGGCUUAGUUGGAUCAGCUUCAGCACCUUGAGUUCUCUAACAGCUGGAGACAAGGUUUAGUCCCUUUCUAAAUCCCCAUCGAUCAUUCAAAUUGGAGUGUUUUAAUCUUAAUGGCAAUAUGUUUGACUGGGCCAA